AGUUCCUGGUUUUCGAGUGGAUCUAACGAAAGUAACACAACGAGUUCAUCAUGAGAGCUCUCCUGAGCGCCACGUUGGCAGUGCUUCUAAUAGCGGCCGUCACCGCUCAAUCUAGCGAGCAGUAAAAGCCACGAGGAUGUUCCGGUCACGGACAUUAUCGAGAAGAUCAGCCAUGUCGUCUCGAGCCUCGGAGGCUUCGAAGGAACCAUCAACAAACUCGGCUACAUCACGAAGCUCGUCGAGAAAGCCUACAACGACAACGGUAUCGGUGGCUGGAUGGCUCGUAACCUCAUCAAGAUCGAGCUGAAUCAACUCAAGGAAAAGGCUCUCCACACCGAGAAGGAUAUGAUCAACGGUCUGCUCGACCACCUCGAGACCAAGAUCGGACUCCGGGCCUACAGCGCCUAUAGCACCGAAGUCGCCGAGAGCUACGUUUUGAACGAAGCCGUGAAGAACGUUAUCGCCAUCAUCCGCGAGAACAUCGAGCAGAUCAAUACCGAGAUCGCUAAAGCUCAGUUGGAGCACGACGAGGCCGCCGGAGAGAUGCGUAAAGACGCGAUGAGCAACAUCAUCGGACGUCUGAACAACCUUCGCGAAAAACUCGGCGGACUCACCCAGAAGCUCUUCGACAGACUCACCGGCCGGAACAAGAGCCCAGAACUCUAUGGCGCUGAUGCCGGACUCCGAUACGUUGCCCUCCACGGAAGUGACUCAUCGUACAUCAUCAGCGAGAUGGUCAAGGUCGCUGCCGAACAGCUUCGCGCGCGCGUCUUCAAGUUGGUUGAGAAGAUGGGUGAGGCCAAGCGUGAAGUGCAGAAAGCUUUCGGUCAGAACAAGAAAAUCGUUCAGGAACACCUACGAGAGCUCCAAGAGCGACUCGGACAGUCCCUCGCUGAGCUGAAGGACGCUCUUCUGGGCAGGAAAAUCGUGGAAGAAAUCGAGGAGGACAUCAAGGACCAGGAUAAGGUCGAGGUCGAGGCGAAACUCCUGACCUCCCAGAACUACGUGAUAAAGUCGACCAUCAAGAAUCUUGUGGAGAAACUCCGCGUCAAAAUCCUCCAGGUCAUUGAAGAAUUGAGCAAAGCCAAGCGCGCGGCCGAACAAGCGGCGGGAGAGGCGAAAGACUUCGCUCGAGUCCACCAGGAAAAGCUGAGGGAGCAGUUGAAGAAGCUGACGCAAGACGCCAUCGACGCCAUUCGCGGUGAGAGAAGCCCCGAAGAGAUCGAAAGAGACAUGGAGUAGCCUCUGUCAGAUGUCGUCGCCGUUGAAAUCACGUGACUGGACCUCCAGGUUUCGAAAUCUCAAAAGCUUGUAAUAAAGGUAUUCAGCUGCGCUGCAGCACGUGAUGGAAAAAAA